CGCUGAUCGUCAGCAUGGACAACAAUGACCAGCAUCAGGGGAGCACGGCGGAGCCCAAGCAGCCAGAGGAAAACAACCCAACAACCACAAGAUCCUGGACCAUCCACGACUUCGACAUCGGACGUACGCUUGGCCGCGGCAAGUUUGGACAAGUGUAUUUGGCUCGAGAAAAGGCAUCCAAACGCAUUCUUGCCAUCAAGACGCUGGAGAAGGAGCAGCUUCGGGUGGGUGGAGUUGUGCAGCAACUGCGGCGCGAAGUCGAAAUUCACUCUCGCAUUCGCCACAAGAACAUUCUGCCCCUCUACGCCACCUUCCAGGAUGACUCUCGGGUGUACCUCGUGUUGCGAUAUGCACCGCACGGCGACCUCUUCUCGGCUCUGCGCACUGCUCCAUGCGGCCGGUUUGACGAACGGACGGCCGCGCGCAUCGUCCACCAGCUCGUCGAGUCGGCUUCGUCAAGUUUUCCUGUGGAGUCGUCUCAUGGAGCAGUGCUAUCUUAGGGCCAUCAUGACUUGCCAUCAACACAACGUCGUCCAUCGCGACAUCAAGCCUGAGAACAUCCUUCUCGACAACGACGACGAAAUCCUAUUGGCCGACUUUGGAUGGUCCGCCGCCAACGUCACUGCCUCAAAUCGCCGCCAAACGCUGUGUGGGACACUCGACUACUUGUCGCCGGAAAUGCUCAACGUACGUCGUCGCAUGAAAGAACGUUCCACGAACGUUCCGAUCUCCGGACCCUCGUUUGAUUCUAAUUUUUUUAAAUUUUAAUUAUAUUUCUUUGUGUACCCAGGGGUGCCAAUACGAUGCAUCGGUGGACAUUUGGGCAAUCGGCGUGCUCCUCUUUGAGUUGCUUGUGGGGAAACCAGCGUUUGAAGCGCAGGAUCAGUCCAAAACGUCCGAGCUGAUUGUCAACGCCAGGUACCGCGUCCCCCUUUUCGUGUCGGAUGGCGCCCGCGACCUGAUCAAGCGGUUUUUGAGAAAAGACCCACAAACGCGCAUCACACUACAAGAGGCGCUGCAGCACCCGUGGCUCGUCCGCAACUGCCAAGCGAAGGGGCCGACCCCGCGCCGGUCGUCGGCCAACGGCAGCCGCGUCGCGUCGUCAGGGACGUCCCGCGCCUCGAGCGGAGCCACGUCCGCCGUGGGGGGCGGUGCAGCCCGCCGCAAAUAACCUUUAUGCUCCAUAGAAGUAUUCCCUAUCGUUCAUCAUCAUGUUGUGCAUUUCACCAA